AUGGGCGAAAACUUUGCUAAAACUAAUGAAUCUACCCAACCCAGAUGGGCCAUGCGCUUGGGGAAAAAAAUUGUCAAAACCACGGAUCAGUUAACCGCACGUUGUCGACGGAAAAAAAUUGGUCGCCAAGUCAAAAGCAAGCAGGAAGAUGCCAAUCCUAUCCAGGUUUCAGCUACCGAACACAAUGUGAAUGGCAAACGCACGCCGUCCGAGUUGGUCGUGAUUUCCGAAACCGGUGCGGAGGAGGAUGGGACGGAGCUCGAGCCAAUAUGCACCCUGCCUCGCGGUCCAAACGAAUUGGAGACCAUCAGCAACGGUUCAGUUUCGGCUGCGGGAGAUCAUGUGGCUGGCAAUUCGAUCAACCCCGGUAAUGUGGGACGCAUGAAAAUUCAACGAAUCAAACAGAUGCACUCUGCCACAUCCAUGCCAGGCCGGAUACGGACUACUGAAUCAUCCAGAGUUUUUGAAAUCACUCCGGCUUCUGUCGACGCAAAGGCGCCUGGUGAUCACGGACCCGGUAUUUCUACCAUCUCCGCUUUCUCCGUCCAGAUGCCCAAUGUUGAGUUCUCGGAUGGGACAAUGUCUGUGACCAAACGUACCGUGCUUGCUCAACCCUCAUUGCCUACAAUCGGCGAAGUGAGUGAUUAG